AUGUUUACGAGAUUACAGCAUCUGCAUCGAUUUAGGCAUCUACCUGCUAUACAAAGCAGGUCUUUCAGAUAUUCACUUAGAAAUUUAAAAGAAGAGUUUGAUAGUGAGCAUUUAGAGACACCACAAUCACUUCAACAAAGUAAAGUCAAGUUUGAUCUCAAAUAUGCCGAUAGAUUAGCAGAUAAGGUGAAAGAAGAAGGCGUAGAAAAUCUCGAUGAGUUAAGGAAGAAGCUCGCACCAGCACCAGCACCAGCACCAAAACAAGAGAGUGAGAAACCAGCAAACUUAGAAUCUAUAGAGCAAAAGCAGGCAACUACACCACAGCCAGAUCAAUUAAAAGUCGAUACUGGCAGAGAUGAGUACUUUGUCGGUUCAGUUGAUAAAAUAGAGGGCAGAAAAGAAGGUGAUGGUACGGGCGUUAAGCCUCUCGACACUAUCCUCAACGUCGAGAAGAUGCGCGAACUCCCAGAUGAUCAUAUUAGCAAAUUGUGGAAUGCACAUCAUGCAACGAAAGACAACCACCUUAGCGCUAGCAUAGAGAGGAGUACGUACGAGUCAAUAUACCAACAAGCGCGUAAAUUCCCUGCAUUUGUUUUACCGAUCCCACGUGAAGUUGAGGGUGAGGAUAUGGCAAAGAAGAUGGGAUAUGAGGUCUUUUACCUUGAAUGGGGUUUCCUUCCGGAUGUAAAUGGCACUGGCGUUAGACCUACAACAUUGAUAUUCACUAGUCUGAACGAGUACAAGCAGCGUCAGGCUUUUGCUACCCCAUUCGUGAGCUGCACCCAUUACAGUGACUUCGCUCAUACACACAAUCUUGUACUUAUGCGCGGUGAAAUCACGUCAGUCGGAUCUGGGGAUAGCAACUUGACUGUACUUGAUAGUAAAGAUGCUCAAUUGUUGUUGCUCACCAUGCAGCGUUUCUAUAACGCUCACAAGCAUGCUGAUCAGAGCAACAAAGAUAGAGCGAAAUUACUAAGUGACUUCCAUUACAAUCAAUCACAGUUUGACUUUGAGAGACUUUGUCAGCUCGUCGAAGAGAUCUAGUCGGCGUACUUUGUACUUCUUGAUUGCAUGCAAAUAUCUUCGUAUAUAGCUGAUAAUGUGGAUUUCAAUUAAUUCUCCAUUACCUACUAUUACUUUUUAGAAACAUUUCAGUCUUGUGUGCAUGUUUCAAACCAAAUGUUCAGAGUGCAACACAAUGCACUCUCUUUCUGCCUUUCUUUUUCUUGUUUGUUGCCAAAGAUAAAUCUCAGUUCAAGAAAGCUAUGUUCUUA